GCACUCCCACAGCAUGUGUGCUCAGCGCUCACUCCUCUUCUUCUUCUUGUACCUGUGAUCGAUCACUCGAGAAUAGUCCUUAGGAAGUUAGUGUCGAUCACUGGACCAAUUAAGAUGGGUGCUGUCAAGAACCUUGUGAAGCUCUUGAUCCUCGUCGAGGUGGCCGUGGCCCUGGCGGGGCCCGGCGUCGCCGCGCUCAGCAUGGACUACUACGGCAUGAACUGCCCGUUCGCCGAGUACAUCGUCCGGAACAUCGUGGGUGAGGCCGUCAUGGGCGACCCCACCCUCGCCGCCGGCCUCCUUCGGCUCCACUUCCAUGACUGCUUCGUCCAGGGAUGCGACGCGUCCGUGCUCCUGGACUCGACGCCGGGCAGCAAGGCGGAGAAGGACGCGCUGGCGAACAAGAGCCUGCGCGGGUUCGAGGUGAUCGACAAGAUCAAGGACACCCUCGAGGCUCAGUGCCCCGGCGUCGUCACCUGCGCCGACAUCCUGGCGCUGGCCGCCAGGGACGCCGUGCUCAUGGUCGGCGGCCCCUACUACGACGUGCCCCAGGGCCGGCGCGACGGGAGACGCUCCGUCGACACCGACACGCUGACCGCGCUCCCGUCGCCGUUCCUCAACGCCUCGGCGCUCAUCACCCUCUUCGGCACCCACGGCUUCAACGUCCAGGACAUGGUGGCGCUCUCCGGCGGGCACACCCUGGGCGUGGCGCACUGCCCGUCGUUCACGCCCCGCCUCAAGUUCGAGGCGUCCACGCUGGACGCCGGGUUCGCGUCGUCGCUGGCGGCCACGUGCAGCAAGGGCGGGGACUCGGCGUCGGCGACGUUCGACCGGACGAGCACGGCCUUCGACGGCGUCUACUUCAAGGAGCUGCAGCAGCGGAGGGGCCUGCUGAGCUCGGACCAGACGCUGUACGAGUCGCCGGAGACGCAGCGGCUGGUGAACAUGUUCGCCAUGAACCAGGGCUACUUCUUCUACGCGUUCACGCAGGGGAUGGGCAAGAUGGGGCAGAUCGACCUCAAGGAGGGUGACCGCGGCGAGGUCAGGAAAUCCUGCAGGGUCGUCAACAAGCCCAGCUGGUAAACUAAGCAUGCAUGCAGAUGCGUCGACGUCAUAAAAAAUCAAAUUAGCUCGACGGAAAUGCCACAAUAACCACAGGAACACAGUAAUAAGGUACAGUGACUAGUGUAUUGUCGUGUGUGUGUGUGUGUAACAGUAACUUGUGAAGGUGUUGCGUUCUGAGAUUUGCCAAUAAAUGUGCAUGGCAGUAUGCACUAAUAACAUGUCCAGCAUGUAAUAAGGUGGAAUUAAGCGAAUAUAUACUGUAAUACAGGACAUUUAAUGUAGUAGUUCAUGUAAUAGGAGUCGUGUAAUACAAUACAUAUCACACAAUAUAUGUACUCACAUAUGCAACCAUGAGUUAGGGUCAACUUUUUUUGUUC